UAGUCCUCCAUGUUUUAUCUAGAAAUUAAAGUAGUGAUUAUUAUGACGGAACAAUACUUUCCAUCGGUUUAUUCAUAACAACUUGCUCGUCUCAUCAUGUCGGAAAAAGUUACGUGAAACUUGAGAAAUUAUUAGAAUUACAAAGUAAAAUAUAAUUAAUAUAGGCUUAUAUAAAUUAAUUAUAUAUGUUACAUACAGAUAAAGAUAUCCUUUACUUUUUCUUCAAUUGUGCAACGAAAUUAAUCGGCGCGAAAAUGACACGUAAAGAACCGAAACUUUGUAAACAUUUAUGAUGAUGCUUACUAACUAAAAAUAUUCUAUAAAUAUUUCACCUGCCUAAACGGUCGAGAACAGAAGAAUAAUGGAUUUGAAUUGUUAAAGAAUGACGCAUCAGAUGCUUUAAUAAAUAUAGUGUUUGUGGUAUUUGGAAGAAGAUGAAAUUUUAACAUAAGCGAAAAUUCAAUUACAAUUUCUGAUUCGUGUAUGUAAAGUGGAAAAAAAUACUGCAUUUAUAUUUUUAUAAAAAUAUUUUUUUUUGUACAAUGGACUCUGAGAGUUCUGUUAUAUUGGAAUCAUGCGGAGAACAUUCAAUUUUAAUUCAAACAGUAAAAGACAUGGUUAAUGUAAAUACACAUAAUGAAUUACAAAGUGAGGAAGGAAGAUUUUUUGUAGUAACAGAUGUUCAAGAUGAACAACAAAAUGUGAUAGAAGUUUCAAAUGAGCAAUCAACAGUAGGACAGUCUGAUGUACAAUUUUCCUGGUCUAAUUUAUGUAGAAUAUGUGCAAAUGUCAAUGAUCAUUUAAUCCCAAUAUUUGAAGGAGAAGGUCUGCAACAUGACUUAUAUAAUAAAAUACAUAAAUAUUUACCAAUAUGUGUAUCUGAAAAUGAUGCACUUCCAUUACAAUUAUGUUACCAUUGUGCUGCUACAUUAUUAGCAUGGCAUGAACUAUUAGAAGGAUGUCUGAAUGCAGAAAGAAGAUUAUUAGAGAUGCAAGAUGCUUUGCAAGAAAAACAGGGUAUAGAAGGAUUAGAAACUUCUACACAGGAUGCAACAUCUGCACCUAAUGCAACGGAAUCACUUCAGCAAGAAACUGUAAAGGAUGAAGUCUCUGGGAAUUCAGCUGUUAAUGAUUCAGACAGGUGGAAGACCGAAUCUGAUCCUGUUAUGCAAAUAUCGACGGCUGAAAGCGAAAGUACAAACGUUGAAGACGUAGAAUACAUCCAGUGCGCUCAAUGUGAUAUUGUUUUCGUAAAUAUGAAGUACCUUAUAGAUCAUAUGAACAGCGAGCAUGAAGCUCAAAUACAUUAUUGUCAGUAUUGUAAGCUAGUGUAUCAUGGUAAAGAUAAGGAUUUUGAGGAUCACAUAUCAAUGCAUGGUAGUAAUUAUAAUAAAUCAAAAGAUGCCACAGAAGAUGAAACUUCGGAAUGCACAAACGAGGUGAAAAAAAAAGACAAGAAUAAUGAAAAAUCUUUUAAUCAGGAUAUUGAAAAGCCUCCGUGUUACACUUGCAAUUUAUGCAAGAGAAAUUUCACAAAGAAGUGUGAAUUAAAAAAGCACAUAAACAGACAUUCCGACAUCAACCCGAUUCAAAAUUCGGAUGAGACAGAACUUGUAAAUAAAGCAAAACAAAUAAUUAAUGAUCGUGUCUCUUACAAAUGUGAAACGUGUAAAAAGGUCAUAUUUACAAAACGGGGAUUCCUACGCCAUAUUCGUGUCCAUUUUGAUAAACGGCCAUGUAAAUGUGAUUUAUGCGGUAAAUCCUAUCGUAUCGAACAAGACCUAGCUAGACAUAUACGAGACGUUCACGAAGGAUUAAAAAAAUAUGCUUGCGACAUUUGUGGUCGCGCGUUUGCGAAUAAAGGAGCGAAAGAUGAUCAUCGAAGGAUUCAUACCGGUGAACGUCCAUACGCAUGCGAACAUUGUCCAAAAAUGUUUCGAACUCUGAAUUCAAUUUACAUUCACAAUCGUGUACAUACGGAUUAUAAACCUCAUAAAUGUUCAUAUUGUGGAAAACAUUUUAGAAGCAGGCAGAGGUUAACUCAUCAUGAAACUACACAUACAGGUAUCAAAGCUUUUGCCUGCGAAAUCUGCGGUAAAACGUUUUCCGUCAAAGGAGAAGUUGUACGACAUCGUGCGAUACAUAACGAAGAAAAACCUUUCGAUUGUAAAUGCGGCAUGAAAUUUGGCCAGAAAAGAUAUCUGAGAAACCAUAUAAAACAACAUCACAAGGAAGCAUCUUCAUGGUUGUUAGCAGAAUUAUUGGGAAAUAAUUGAAGCACGGAACGUUGAAGUAAAUUAUGUCUUAUAAACAUUUUGGACGAGUAUUAUAAGAUAAAAUGUAUAGUUAGGUAUGUGUAUUUUACUUUAUUUCUUAUAUCGGUUUUAGAGAUUAAUCUAAAAUAUUACACAUCAAAAUUAAUGAGAUUAUAUUGUAGUGAAAUUGUAUGAAAUAUGAAAUAUUUACAUAUCCCUGUUACAUCUGUAGCAGUUGAAUUAUUUUAAAUUCAGUUAUGUAAAACAAAGAAAAAUUCAUUUAAAUGAAAAGAAAACAGAGCAAUGUAAAGUAAACAUAAAUAAUACUUUAUAGUUUAUUAUCAUUCUUUUUAUUGUUUAACAUAUUAUUACACAUUUAAUUAUGCAGUAUUAUUGCAAAAUCAAUAUCAAAUAUUUAGUUGUUGUAAUAUCAUAUUUCAGUUUCCAAAGUGUACAUAUAUGUAUCAUACAUAUAGUAAAAUACACAAAUAUGGUGAAUGUAAAUUUUAUAAUUAAGGCAAUUUUUAUAUAAAGGAUGUCUCAGGAAAUAUGCACUUUCUUAAAUCUAAUUGAAAUAAUAAAAGAACAAUAUAAAAUA